AGCCGCGCCCGGGCCUGGGGGGCGCCCGCCGCCAGGAUGUUCCAGCCCACCCCCAAGCGCUGCUUCACCAUCGAGUCGCUGGUGGCCAAAGACAGCCCGGCCUUGCCCGCCUCCCGAGCCGAGGAGCCCAUCCGGCCGGCGGCGCUCAGCUACGCCAACUCCAGCCCCAUGAACCCUUUCCUCAACGGCUUCCACGCCGGCGGCCGCGGCGUCUAUUCCAACCCGGACUUGGUCUUCGCCGAGGCCGUCUCGCACCCGCCCAACCCGGCCGCCGUGCCCGUGCACCCCGUGCCCCCGCCCCACGCCCUGGCCGCCCACCCGCUGCCCUCCUCGCACUCUCCGCACCCCCUCUUCGCCUCGCAGCAAAGGGACCCCUCCACCUUCUACCCCUGGCUCAUCCACCGCUACCGCUACCUGGGCCACCGCUUCCAAGGCAACGAAACCAGUCCGGAGAGCUUCCUCUUGCACAAUGCACUAGCCAGGAAACCGAAGCGGAUCCGCACCGCCUUCUCCCCAUCCCAGCUGCUGAGACUGGAGCACGCCUUUGAGAAAAAUCACUACGUCGUCGGGGCCGAGAGGAAGCAGCUGGCGCACAGCCUCAGCCUCACGGAAACUCAGGUAAAAGUUUGGUUUCAGAACCGACGGACAAAGUUCAAGCGGCAGAAGUUGGAAGAAGAAGGCUCAGACUCCCAACAGAAGAAAAAGGGGACUCAUCAUAUUAACCGGUGGAGAAUCGCCACCAAACAAGCCAGCCCGGAAGAGAUCGACGUCACGUCAGACGACUAAGGCCCGUCCUUCGCGACCCACCAGCUGCAGGCGCAGCAGCAGCCCGACCCCACCAGGCUGGCAGCACUUACAGACUUUCCCCACCGACCACGCCAGUGUCCCCACGACGAGGCUCCUCCUGUCCUGACUGACACCCCCGGGAAAGUGAGUGGCGCGGCAGGGCGAGGGACAGAACCGGCAGCGCUCCUUGAGAGAGAUGGCGGGAGCCGCCGGCCAGCCCGAAGUCAGUCCCACCCGUGGCCUUGCUGGUCCAGCACUGGUACAAGGGGGGGGGAGGGAGGGGGAAUCUGCCAAUCAAAGCCAAACCACCGGGACAAGAUGACUGACAGGCUCAAAAUCAAAUCACUCCAAAUUUUAAAAGGGAAAAAAAAGGACACUCGCAGUCAUAGGCCACAUUACACAGACUACCUUAACAGGACAUUUUGCAUUUCAUAAAGGGGAUUUUUAUUCUGACUAAGAAUUAUUCUCAUUUUCUCUCAGUCGUUAGGAGAGAAAGUUCCACACCCAGCCAAAAUCUACACACCGGUUUCAGAAACUUGAAUUUGCAUGCUUUUUAAAAGAACUUGUGGGGAGGGAAGGGGGGGAGGGGUUUUUUAUUUAAAAGAUCACCCGGUUGCUAAAGACAGGCAGACAUAAAUUGUACCCCCCCCCCCCCCGGUUUUCUUCUCUGAGGCAGGUUCUGUGUGCUUUUUAAAUUUAUUUGACGAGAAACUGUGCAGUCUGUAAACCUUUUUAUGAUAACUUCUGGCGUCAACGUGGUUGUGAACACUCAAUGAAGUAGCGGUAACAAAAUUCUAUAUACAUAUAUUUUUUGCUUCCCUAAAUGGAAAACCUUUGAAGAAAAAGGAUUGGGUUAGGGUGGGGGCGGGAACCCUUAUCACUUUGCUGCAAAGAGAGAGGCAUUGAAAGAGACUAGUCCUCAUCCUCCUAACACGUCGGUACUUGCUUCACCUCCUCCCCCUUGCUCCCUUUGGUGGGGCUUUUCCCAGGCAGGAUUUCAGAAGGAUCCGGGGAUCUUGAAGAUCUCUUUUCAAGCAAGGACCGCAAUCCCGGCCCAAUUUUAUGGGGGACAAAUUUCAAGCACUGAUUGUGAUGUUCCAGAUUAUAGAGCUACUAAAAAAAAAUGACAAAGGUUUCCUUAAUGUCUUCUUUACCAGAAUGUAAAUAUUUUUGUGUUUUGUGUUUUAAUUUGUUAGAAUUCUAACACACUAUAUACUUCCAAGAAGUAUCUCAAUGUCAAUAUUUUGUCAAUAAAGAUUUAUCAUUAUGGCGUAA